UGCUUGAGGAAAGAACUACGCCAAGUUAUUUAAUUUGGAAAAUACGAUUAUUUCAAGAUUUCUUUAUUAUUUUAUUCAUAAAGUUACAUUUUUAAGUGAAAAUGGUGUUGAAAUAUUGUAAGAAAUCAAAUAUGUGACACGUUUCAGAAAAAGUGAUGAUUUCUUUUGUAUACCAUUUCUUGGCGGUAACAUUAUCAUGAUUACCAACAAAUAUAUUGUACUUAUAAGAAACUUAUAAGCACCAAUGAAUAUUAGGGCAAAUCGAAAAAGUAUGAUAUUUUGAUAAUUUUUCAACAUUUCCGUUUAUUAAAGUCAGUAAAUAAAAACAUAAGUUUGCCGAUAUGAAUGAUGUUCGCGAAAAAGUUGUUGCUGGGUCUUCGACAUGGGAAAGUGCUCCGCCGCAUAGCGACUCAUCUCCUGAAAUUCAUUCAUCCCCCGGAGGCAGCGGGGAAACUCCUCAAACUCCUGGAGCCCCAGCUCCUCUUGCACCGCAUCUUGCUGCAGAUUUGCAUCCAGAUUUAAUACAACAAGGUUGGCAAAAAUAUUGGUCAAGGCGUGAAAACAGACCUUAUUUUUGGAACAAAAUUUCUGGCGAGUCUAUGUGGGAGUUACCAGUGGUGAAAAGAGAUUUUGACCCAAUAACGGACCCCUUAGGUAUAUGUCACACAGGUCCACCCAAUGCUGGGAAUGUCACUCCAAGUGCUAGUAAACGACGUCCAUCUGAAGACAAUGGGCCUCCACCAAAAAAGUUUGUUCUUGCCGGACCUUGGGAUAUUGAAGUCCCAACUAAUGUCAUAAUAUAUGAACGGCCACCAACUAUUUGCCCUCAUCCUCAUCCAGAGAUUGAAGGAUUUAGAUUUACAUUAGCUAAUAAGUUAAGGCAAUGUUAUCAGGAAUUGUGUCACACUAGAGAGAGUAUAGACGCCCCAAAAGAUUCUUUUAAUAGAUGGCUGAUGGAGAGAAAGGUGAACGACCAGGGCGGUUCAGACCCAUUACUUCCUAGCCAUUGUUUUCCUGAAAUAUCUCAUUCAAUGUACGAAGAAAUUAUGAAUGAUAUACCCUUAAAAUUGGCUCAUCCAAAAUUUACUGGAGAUGCUCGGAAACAACUCUCAAGAUAUGCGGAAGCAGCAAAAAAAAUGAUUGAAUCUAGAAAUGCAUCUCCUGAAAGUAGAAAAGUUGUGAAGUGGAACGCCGAAGAUACUUUCCAGUGGCUGAGACGGACCGUGGGUGCAACUUAUGACGACUUCCAAGACAGAUUGGCACAUUUACGGAGACAAUGUCAACCACACCUGGCAGAAACAGCAAAAGCAUCGGUGGAAGGAAUUUGUCUUAAGAUUUAUCAUUUGUCAGCCGAAUACGCAAGAAAGAUACGAGAGAAACAUAGCGUGUUAUUAAAAGAAAAUGGUAUACAGGAGUUAGCGGCCCCGCUUCAACAGGCUGCUCUUCGUAAGGUGUGGUGCUACCCAGUGCAAUGUGCACUGCCUUCACCGAGGCCACCCCUCGUGGAACACUUCCUGGACCGAGACCAAGUGUUGCUGAGAUAUCUCGGGGAGACACAAAUCAUCAACGCCAAUUACCUACAAAAGCUCGAGCAAUUGUACCGCUACAGCUGUUUCGAUGACAAGAAGUUCGAGCAGUUCCUGUCCCGCGUGUGGUGCCUCCUGAGGCGGUACGCGGCGUGGGUGGGCGGAGCGGGCGCCGGGGUCAACGACUCCCACGUCACACAGAUGGCGCUGCCGGUGCCGGUGCUCGAUUGCCUCCAUCGAUACUUCGGCGUGACCUUCGAAUGCUUCGCCAGCCCCCUCGACUGCUAUUUCAGACAAUACUGCUCUGCGUUUGCUGAUACUGAUUCCUAUUUCGGCUCCCGAGGACCUUUCCUUGAGCUCCGGCCCGUGUCGGGGUCGUUGGUGGCGCACCCCCCUUACUGCGAGGAGCUCCUGGCUGCGGCGCUGCGACACAUGGAACGCCUGCUGCAGGACUCCGCGGAGCCUCUCAGUUUCGUGGUCGUACUCCCCGAGUGGCCUGACAAACAGACACACGCACUACACAAACUGCAGGCCAGCCACUUUAAGAGGAAACAGGUGGUCAUACCAGCGUUUGAGCACGAGUAUCGCCACGGUUUCCAACAUGUACUUCCAAAAAACGAAGUUUAUUUCCGGUGGGGUUGCGGCACUGUGGUGGUAUGGUUGCAAAACGCAGCAGGUUUCGCACGCUGGGGACCCACAGACGAGCGUGUUGAAGCGUUAUUGGAUGCUUGGCGACCGCGCGCCAAGCUGCGCUCUCCGGUACCGCCUACACCGUCAGUAGAACAAUCACCACACCCCGCCCAUCCCUCGUCUGACAGGCGCUAGUGAUGUUCAUAAAUCGGAAACCGCCAAUUUGAUUGUCAAUUUGCCGCCAAAAACAUCGAUGCAAUUCUGACGAUUAUGAAGCUGUGUAAUUUAAAAUAGAGCAUUACAUUAUUAUUUUGAAGACAUUUAUAUGAAAUUGUAAAUAUUUUAUUUGUUUUUUGCAUAACUGAUGUAUGAUUCAUUAUUGUAAAAGCAAUUAUCCUUAGUUAUUGCAUAAUAUAUUAUCAGAUGCGCAAACAGUUGUGCAACAUUAGACUACAUUGUUGCAAUCUUCAAAGUGUUCUAUCAACAUCCAGCCUAGAUGAAAAUGUAAUUGUGAUAUAAUAUUACUAAACAAAUGUUAAAAUAAUAUCUUCAUCCGUCAAAAUUAUCAUAUCGUGCCACGUGAAAAUACAUACCUACAUAAAAAUAAAUAAUUAGAUAAUAUUGUGAGACAUAAAAAAGACUAGCUUAUAAAGAUUCACCUUCAAUUAUUUAAAACAGCGUUGUUUCUACUUAUUAAAGAAUCUAAGUUAAAUUUUAUAUAUAAAAGUAUAACGUGCGGGGACGGCACAUAGGUUAGUUGACUAUAUAAAUAAGCACCUUGUGAAUGAUUUAUGUGAUGAUCCUAAAUCUAGUUUUAUUAGUCCAGGCCGAAAAGGAAUUAUUUUAUAACUGUAAUAAAUAAAAAAAAAGUGUAGAGACGUCGUAAUAUAUAUGUGAUUUUGUAAGAAAUGCUAAUAACAAGAUGGGCAGCAUCGUUGAUUUAGUGUCAUUAAUAUAAAUUAAAUAUUUGUAUGAGUAAAAAAUUACUAUAUAACCGCUUGAUAUAUUUUAAUACAUUUCUGUGUCGGUUACUACAACAAGCAGAGCACUAUCACCAUGAUUAUAUAGUAUGUUAAAAGAUACAUUAUUUUAAUGGAAACACUUUUAAUGUAUAAUGAACAAUGAACAUGUAUUUAAUGUGCUUCAGAACCGAAACCCAUGUACCGAUACAGGUCUAGUGAUUCUGGUGAAGUACACUCUAAUAAUCGGUGGUGUGAAAUGUAUUGUUUUAUAUAACUGAAGAGUUAUUCCUCUUUUAUAUUAGCAUGCUUCAAAGCUUGUCUGUGUCGAUACAUAACAUGCCUCUGCCAGAUCUCAGUUUCUUUAAAUACAACUGUUAAACGCUACAAAAGAUUAAUUUUUAACAUACUCAUCAAUUAUUGUUGCCGUAUAAAAAAAUUUAUAGAGCAUAUAUAUUUAGGCCACAGUAAUUUCCUAUGUGAACAACUAUGAAAUGUUAAAAUAUGAACUUGUAUGUUUAUGCAGAUUUUUUGUAACACAGUCUAGAAGUUUUCUUUGAAUAAUCCAAGAAUUAUAAACAAAUGUUUGAAAUCUUUGAAAUAUUUAAUAGCAUUUUGUUAUUAUUAUUAUUAUUAUUUUUGUAUAAAAUUUUAUAUUUGUUCCAACAUCUGGACGACUUCCAUUUUGUUUUUUUUUCCUCUAUCGACUUAAAAAUCAUGUUGUAUUUACAAACCGCUAUGAUAUAUUGUAUAUAGCAAGGUGCAUACUGUACAUAAUUUUUGAUGAAAACAAAAAUUGGUUAUUUACUUAAUGUAAGUUCUUUUUAAGAAUCCCUUUUUACUGUUGUAUAGAUUGAUAAAGAUUAUAUUUUGAUUGUUUGAUUAUUAUAUUUUUCUGAAAAA